UGCCUGUGGUAUGUGGAAGUGAAGUGUGGAUAGACAGCGCGGCGAGACAAGCGAACCUCUGCGGCCCGCAGGCUCCAGCGCUCAUCCACCUCUCAUGGCCACCGCCACCGCUUCCCGCCUCGCCGUCCUCGCGCCGCGGCCGUCGCGCCCCGCACCGGGGCGCCGGCGACAUGCUCCUGCUACCGGUCGUGGUCCUCCCCUCCCUCGCAGUCUCUACGCAGCGCCCCGCGGCCGCGUUCUCUGCCUCGCGGCCCCCGCGCCCGCUGCUGCCUCCACCACCGACGCCGGCCAGGACCGCCUCCAGAAGGUGCCCAUUUCGAAUAUCAGGAACUUCUGCAUCAUCGCGCACAUUGACCAUGGCAAGUCCACACUGGCGGAUAAGCUGCUGGAGCUUACUGGCACGGUGCAGAAGAGGGAGAUGAAGGAGCAGUUUCUGGAUAACAUGGACCUGGAGAGGGAGAGAGGGAUCACCAUAAAAUUGCAGGCAGCUCGGAUGCGCUACGUCAUGAAUAAUGAGCCUUACUGCCUGAAUUUAAUUGAUACACCAGGGCAUGUUGAUUUCUCGUACGAGGUUUCCCGCUCUCUAGCUGCCUGUGAGGGCGCACUUCUUGUUGUUGAUGCUUCUCAGGGUGUUGAAGCUCAGACGUUAGCGAAUGUGUACCUUGCAUUGGAAAACAACCUUGAAAUCAUACCGGUUCUAAAUAAAAUAGAUCUUCCUGGUGCUGAACCUGAUCGUGUCGCACAGGAAAUUGAAGAGAUAAUUGGAUUGGACUGUCGUGAUGCAAUUCGGUGUUCAGCAAAGGAAGGUAUAGGCAUCACUGAAAUAUUAGAUGCCCUUGUGACCAAAAUCCCCCCACCAAAAGAUACAUCAAAAGAUCCUCUCAGGGCUCUUAUAUUUGACAGCUAUUAUGAUCCAUACAGAGGUGUAAUUGUGUACUUCCGUGUUAUUGAUGGCAGUAUGAAGAAAGGGGACAAGAUAUGUUUUAUGGCCAAUGGAAAGGAAUAUGUUGCUGAAGAAAUUGGUGUACUAUCCCCAAAUCAGAUGCAAGUUUCUGAACUAUAUGCUGGCGAGGUUGGUUAUCUCUCUGCUUCUAUAAGAUCAGUAGCAGAUGCCAGGGUUGGUGAUACUAUUACACAUUAUUCAAAAAAAGCACAUCAUGCUUUACCAGGAUAUUCUGAAGCCACUCCAAUGGUUUUUUGUGGCUUGUUCCCUAUAGAUGCUGAUCAGUUUGAGGAGUUGCGGGAAGCGCUGGAAAAACUUCAGCUAAAUGAUGCUGCCCUAAAGUUUGAACCAGAAUCUUCUAGUGCCAUGGGGUUUGGCUUCAGAUGUGGGUUCCUUGGUCUUCUCCAUAUGGAAAUAGUUCAGGAAAGGCUUGAGAGGGAAUACAACUUGAACUUAAUAAUUACUGCACCAAGCGUGGUAUACCGUGUGAACUGUGCUGAUGGUGAAACUGUUGAAUGUUCAAAUCCAUCCUUGCUUCCGGAGCCUGGGAAGCGGAGGUCUAUAGAAGAACCAUAUGUGAAGAUUGAAAUGCUUACACCAAAAGAUUAUAUUGGUUCAAUAAUGGAGCUGACUCAAGACAGAAGAGGUGAAUUCAAGGAAAUGAACUUCAUCACAGAAAGCAGGGCCAAACUUAUUUAUGAGCUACCACUAGCAGAGAUGGUUGGCGAUUUCUUUGAUCAACUGAAAUCACGAAGUAAAGGAUAUGCUAGCAUGGAAUAUUCAGUUGUUGGGUACAGAGAAAGCCAACUAGUAAAGCUGGAUAUACAAAUCAACGGGGAUCCUGUUGAGGCGUUGUCAACAAUUGUGCACAGGGAUAAGGCAUAUGCUGUUGGAAGGGCACUUACUCAAAAGCUCAAGGAACUUAUACCUCGGCAAAUGUUUAGAGUUCCUAUUCAAGCAUGUAUUGGCACAAAGGUGAUUGCAAGCGAAGCCCUGUCUGCCAUCAGGAAGGAUGUCUUAUCAAAAUGCUAUGGGGGUGAUAUAUCAAGGAAAAAGAAGUUGCUGAAGAAGCAGGCUGAAGGAAAGAAAAGGAUGAAGGCAAUAGGAAGGGUUGAUGUCCCUCAAGAAGCAUUCAUGGCCGUGUUGAGACUGGAAAAGGAGGUGCUAUGAAAGUGCUCAUGAACCUUUGUGUCUCCGUAAAUUAAAGACCUCUUCCUGUGCGCCACUCACAAGUAUAGUCAGACGAGAGCUUUGAGACAACAGGCAUUCACUAUGGUUCAACCUGUCCGCUCUGGACCAUAGGAACCAGUCAAGCACAGAUCACUCCCAGAACAAAAGCAGGUAAAUCUGGCAUUCGUUCGCUAUUUUUUGCUUUUUUAUGUGUCAGGCUAUGAUGGUAAAACAAUCAUGUCGCCACAGAGUUUUGCCAGGCACAUAUAGGAAAUUCAUAUGUCAAAGUGCAUCAUGUAGUCCAAUUCCUUGUAACGCAUGCUACAGAGACUUGUUUCUACAGUUGAAUAUACCUUGUAAGGCUGGGACCAACAGAUCGUGCAUAUGCAAAACAAGAGGUUUGUAAUAUUUUAUACGGUAGACAGAAUUGUUUAUAAAGUACAAUUUAAAGUAUGAGGUGGGACGGUAGACAGCACUGUUUACAAAGUAAAAUUUAAAGUAUGAGGUGUGAUAGAGAGCUGCUGGAGAUAAACGGUUUCCUGGAGGUAGGCAAAUGUGUCGUUCAACUGCAGCAUCCCUGGCAUACCUUCAGGACGUGAUGUCUACUGCUGUUGAGCUCGCUGCUGAAAGGAGCGGUAACCACCUUGCAGGUUCCUCACGUUCUUGAACCCCUGAACAUCCAUGCGAGCAGACUAGUGUGACCCUCAGUUAAACACACACACACACACACACACAUACAGCUAACUGGAUUGAUGCUAAAGCUCGGAUGGGCUGUGUUUACCGCGUUCAGAAGGUCUGCCGUCGCGAACCUGGAUCUGUUCCCCGUGUUGCAACCCUACACGACAACUCCUUGAUUACAGGCGUAUCUAUCUAUUUAUAGAGUACUAGUACAUUUAUUUAUUUAUUUAUAUGAGUGAAUAGCUACCACAAUGAAGACAUCAUCCUUCCCACAGAAGGCAGCCACUUCCUCUACAAAGUGUGGGUUCUUCUCCUUCCCUACACGGGGACAGAGGCAGCUCAAAUCAAUAACCCCAAUGCCAGUGCCAGCGCCAACGCCAGCGAGCAAGAAACUGACCUUGCGGCGUGACGGACAGGUAGUAGGGAACGUUCCGAGCACCGGGCGCAUGCGCCUUGUGGAAGUCCCCCCGCAUCCUGCACGAAGGAGAACCACCUCGUCCCCGUCAGCGUCAGUUCGUCUGGAAGCUCCAGCACACGCAUAGGCGCGUCCCUGACUGGCUGAGCUCUACGCACCUGACAUCCACGUAGCCAUGGCCGGAGCUCAGCAGCGCGUGCGCUUCGUCAGCGUCGAUGGUAGGGACGGCCUGCUCCUUGUCGCUGCAGUGCACACCAAGACAAGACUGACUCUGGUUAAUCCAGAUGCAUCCGAUCUUCUGCUCUAUGCAUGUAAUGUUACUGUAAGCAACAUCAGAUGCACUCAGAAGCUAUGUUUACCUGCUGGUCACUGCAGACGCCAUUGCUGCAGGGAUGGAUGGAUGGAUGACCUGAGAUGGGACGGACUUGUGAGUAUGUGUGACCUGCCUUCGCGUUUAUACUGGCACGGCAGUUUACCAUCACCAGGAUGCAAGAGUUCUGGCUAUACCUUUUUUUUAUCGGAAUAAUGCUCCAUUCCGUCAGCUUGAUGCUCGUUCUCGCAAAAAAGUCGUCUCUGACCUUCGAUGCUGCGUCGUCACUGCUUAUCUGGCAACAGACCAAUAAUAGCUCCGGGGCAUUUCUUUUUGGACACAAGUGCAGGCGUAAUAAGGAUUGGUUGACUUGAACAGUUAUAUACUCCCUCCAUUCUUUUUUUUAUUUGUCGCAUUUUAGUUGACUUGAACUUGAAAGACCAAUAAUAAGGACUGGUUGCUAUCUAAACCAGACUCAACCAGCAGAGACGCAGCAGUAUCUGUAGAAUUUCAAGAACAGAAUAGCAAACCAUUGACACAGCCAAGCGCAUAGAAAACCACAACCAAAUUCGACGUCAAGAUGGCAUAGGAUGAAAUAUCACUUGUCAGAUUCAGAACGGUAACCAAGGGCAAAUCUUAACACAACUUUGAGAUCCUAGAGCAUAAACCAAAUAUAAGGAGCAUUGUCUCGGCAAAACAGCCAGUACAGUGAUUCCACAUUUCCACUAGAUAAGGCCCCCACAACAUGCCUGACAAGAGCAACUACAGGAAACCCC